GCCAAGCCCGGCCCCAGCCCCGCUGCGCCACCGGGGCCUGCCCGGGGUGGGAGAGGAGGAGGAGGAGGAGGAGGAGGAGGGACUCCGCAGCGGCAACAACUGACGUGUCCCCGCCAUGGAGCUCGGCGUGAUUCAUCAGCGGCGGCGGGGCGGCAGCGGGAUGCCGCGCUCCGCUCCCGCGUAGGCACUGCUGCGGCGGGGGCAGCCCCGGCACCGCUCUGCCGCCCGCACCGCCCUCCUCCUCCUGCUCUCCGCCUGCUUCUCUUCCCCCGCGGCUAGGCGAAGAUCCCGAGGGAGGCAAGAUGGAAGAAAUCCUGCGAAAGCUGCAGAAGGAGGCGUCGGGGAGCAAGCACAGGGCCAUCAAGGAGAGCUGCACCUGGGCCAUCGAAACCUUGGAUUCUCCUGAUGCUGCUAUCAAGAUACCUCCGUAUCAGCUAAGGGAGAAGUGUCUUCUUCCUCUUCAACUGGCUCUGGAAUCCAAGAGCAUGAAGCUGGCCCAACAGGCUCUAGCAGGGAUGCAGAAGCUGCUGUCUGAUGAGAGGUUUGUAUCCGUGGAAACAGACUCAGAUGAGAAACAGUUGCUUAAUCAGAUGCUGAAUGCCGUCAAAGUGACUCCUUCACUCAAUGAAGACCUGCAAGUUGAAGUGAUGAAGGUCCUGCUCUGUAUAACAUAUACCUCUACAUUUGAACUGAAUGGGAGUUCAGUGCUGAAGAUUGCUGAGGUUUGCAUUGAGACAUAUGUAUCUAGCUGUCACCAGCGGAGCAUUAACACCGCUGUGCGGGCAACCCUCAGCCAAAUGUUGAGUGACUUGACUUUACAGUUACGACAAAAGCAAGAAAACAUGACAAUUGAAAACCAUGACACCCUGCAAAAAUUCAAGAGUCAAGGUACUUCAGUGGAGUCUCUUUGUGAUGAUGUUGUGUCUGUCCUCACUGUGCUCUGUGAGAAGCUCCAGGCUGUCAUAAAUGACAAUCGGCAACUUCAGCUUCUUUACUUGGAGUGCAUCCUUUCCAUGUUAAACAGCUCCUCUCCCAGCAUGCACCAGCACAAAGGAUUCACUGAUCUAAUAUGGAAGCAACUGUGUCCAGCCCUAGUAGUAAUAUUGGGAAAUCCAAUCCAUGACAAAACUAUCACCUCUGCCCACAGCAGCAUCUGUCUUGAGGCUGAUUCACCUUCUUCAGGGCUCUCUGAUCAUGGCCGAGGUUCAGGCUGUUCAUCCACAGCACCUGCCCUUAGUGGGCCUGUUGCACGGACCAUAUAUUAUAUUGCAGCAGAACUAGUUCGACUGAUGGGGUCAGUGGAAUCAAUGAAACCUGUGCUACAGUCUCUGUAUCACCGGAUUUUGCUUUACCCUCCACCUCAACAUCGAGUAGAAGCCAUCAAAAUUAUGAAAGAGAUACUUGGCAGUCCUCGUCAGCUUUGUGAUUUGGCAGGGCCCUGCUCUUCUGAGUCAGAAUCCAAGAAGAGGUCUCUUUCUAAAAGGAAGUCCCAUCUGGAUCUUCUCAAGCUUAUCAUGGACGGGAUGACGGAAGCAUGCAUCAAAGGUGGUAUUGAAGCAUGCUAUGCCUCAGUAUCCUGCGUCUUUGCCCUGCUUGGAGCAUUAGAUGAGCUGAGCCAGGGGAGGGGUCUUAGUGAAGAGCAGGUCCAGCUGCUACUCCAGCGCUUAGAAGAAUUGAAGGAUGGGACUGAGACAAGCAGGGACUCCAUGGAGAUCAAUGAUGCUGACUUCAGGUGGCAGAGGCGCAUCCUGUCCUCGGAAAAUCCUGCCUGGGAAUCAGGAAAUGAAAAGAGUCCUGAUAUUAGCAUUAGUGUUACCACAGACACUGGUCAGACUACUUUGGAAGGGGAUAUGGGACAGACGACUCCAGAGGAUAAUCCAGAAAGUCAAAAAAACUCACUGCCAUCUCCAGCUGGACAUGAAAGCAAAGAGAUUCAUUAUAGAGAACCAGAGUCAGAAACCACUGACCAGCCAGAUGUUGUUCAAAGAAGCCACACCAUAGUCUAUCCAGAUAUAACUAAUUUCUUAUCAGUUGAUUGCAAGACCCGGUCCUAUGGAUCCAGAUACAGUGAAAGUAACUUCAGUGUAGAUGACCAGGACCUUUCUAGGACUGAGUUUGAUUCAUGUGAUCAGUAUUCCAUGGCAGCAGAAAAGGAUUCAGGCAGGUCUGAUGUCUCAGACAUAGGCUCUGACAAUUGCUCCCUGGCUGAUGAGGAGCAGACACCACGGGAUUGUCCAGGUCACAGGUCCUUACGUACUGCUGCUCUCUCUCUGAAAUUGCUGAAAAGCCAAGAAGCGGACCAACACAGUGCACGGCUGUUUAUCCAGUCACUUGAAGCUCUCCUUCCUCGGCUAAUAGCUCUUCCCAGCAUAGAAGAAGUGGAUGGAGCACUGCAGAGCUUCUCUUCAACAUUCUGCUCAGUUACUCACCUUAUCCACGCCCCCAAAGUGACGACAGUGGAAAGUCCGAGAAGGCAGCAGCACAGAGCUUUCAAACCCUCACGAGGUAUGAUGCACUCACCAGGAUUUGAGGGAAACCUAAAUUUCAACUUCCAGACUCUAAUGAAUGCAGACAGUCUCUACGUGGUAUCACAUUACACUCUGCUGCUCAACCUGAAAUUGGCCAACUCAGAUUACUACAGGAAGAAGCCUGCCCAAGCCCCUGUGUUGCUGAAGGAGUUCAUGAAGCAGGUCCAGUCCAGUGGAGUGUUGAUGGUUUUUUCCCAGGCCUGGGUUGAAGAACUGUACCACCAGGUACUAGAAAGGAACAUGCUGGGGGAAGCUGGAUACUGGGGAAGCCCUGAGGAGCACAGUCUUCCACUUAUCAGCAUGCUGACUGACAUUGAUGGCUUGGGAAGCAGUGCAAUUGGUGGCCAAUUGAUGUCAUCUGCUUCAGCUCAAUCUCCUCUUUCCCAAAACCGGAAGACAGAUGAUUCUGUUAUUGCAGGAGUUGCUUUUGCCCGAUACCUUUUAAUUGGCUGUUGGAAGAACUUGAUUGACACUUUGUCCACCCCACUGACCGGCCGCAUGGCAGGCAGCUCCAAGGGGCUGGCCUUCAUCCUGGGAGCAGAAGGAGCCAAGGAGCAGAACCAAAAGGAGAAGGACUCCAUCUGCGUGAGUCUGGAUGGACUGAGGAGGGCAGCCCGGCUGAGCUGUGCUCUAGGAGUUGCUGCUAACUGUGCAUCUGCUCUUGCCCAAAUGGCUGCUGCUUCCUGUGUCCAAGAAGAGAAAGAGGAAAAAGAAAUCCAAGAACCCAGUGAUACUAUAGCUCAAGUGAAACAGAAAGUGGAGCAGAAACUGGAGCAGAUGGGGAAAAUGCAGGGAGUCUGCCUGCACACUGCUCAUGUUUUGUGUAUGGAUGCAGUCCUUAAUGUGGGUCUGGAGAUGGGAAGCCACAAUCAAGACUGUUGGCCUCAUGUGUUCAGGGUAUGCGAAUACAUCAGCACUCUGGAGCACACCCACUUCAGUGAUGGUGCUUCCCAGCCCUCCCUUACCAUCACCCAGUCACAGCAGGCACCUGGAGGGCUACACCUGGACUCUGAACCUGGUGACUCUCCUCAGGCACUCACCCCCGAGCCAGAGAGCACCCUGAGCAGCCAUCCUGUCAUUCAGCCAGUUUCUAUCCAGGAUCUCAUCAAGGACAACAGUAAGGGCAGAGCUUUUGAAUUCCGUGGAGGCAGUCUGCUAUGUGGGACCAGUGCUGCCAAGGCUGUUCUCACGCUCUCCACACAAGCUGACAGGCUCUUUGAAGAUGCUGCUGACAAGUUAAACUUGACGGCACUGGCAGGCUUCCUUUACCAGCUCAAGAAGGCUUCUCAGGCUCAGCUUUUCCAUUCAGUCACAGAUACAGUUGAUUACUCACUAGCAAUGCCAGGGGAAGUAAAAUCUACCCAGGACAGGAGAAGUGCACUUCACUUGUUCCGACUUGGUGAUGCCAUGCUCAGAAUUGUAAGGAGUAAAUCUCGCCCGUUGCUCCACCUCAUGCGCUGCUGGAGCCUGGUGGCACCUCACCUUGUAGAGGCUGCCUGUCAUAAGGAGAGGCAUGUGUCUCGGAAGGCUGUCUCCUUCAUCCAUGACAUCCUGACUGAAGUGCUGAUGGACUGGAAUGAGCCUUCUCACUUUCACUUUAACGAGGCGCUUUUCCGCCCCUUUGAGCGCAUCAUGCAGCUAGAGCUGUGUGAUGAGGAUGUCCAAGACCAGGUGGUCACCUCUAUAGGAGAGUUGGUGGAAAUGUGUUCUACCCAGAUCCAGUCAGGAUGGAGACCCCUAUUCAGUGCCCUGGAAACAGUGCACAGCAGCAGCAAGUCAGAGGUUAAAGAGUACCUUGUAGGAGAAUACUCUAUGGGGAAACGCCAGGCUCCGGUGUUUGAUGUCUUCGAAGCAUUUCUAAACACAGACAGCAUCCAGGUCUUUGCCAAUGCUGCCACCAGUUAUAUUAUGUGCCUUAUGAAGUUUGUCAAAGGACUGGGGGAAGUAGACUGUAAGGAGAUGGGUGACUGUGUGCCAGGAUCAGGAUCUGCAUCUACAGACUUGUGCCUUCCUGCGCUUGAUUACCUCAGGAGAUGUUCUCAGUUGUUAGCCAAAAUCUAUAAAAUGCCCUUGAAACCCAUCUUCCUCAGUGGUCGGCUGGUUAACUUGCCCCGAAGAGCGCAGGAACAGUCAGCCAGCAGUGAGGAUGGUAUUGAAUGCAUCCUUUCUGACUUUGAUGAUGACACCGGCCUUAUCAAUGUCUGGAUUAUUCUGCUGGAAGAAUUAACAACUGCCAUAUCCAACUGUCCCCGUCAACACCAGCCUCCUACUUUGGAUCUGCUCUUUGAACUGCUGAGGGACGUUGCCAAAACACCCGGACCAGGAUUUGGCAUUUACGCAGUUGUACAUCUUCUUCUUCCCACGAUGUCUCUUUGGCUCCAUCGCAGCCAUGGUGACCAUUCUUACUGGGAUGUAGCAUCUGCUAAUUUCAAGCAUGCCAUUGGCCUUUCCUGUGAACUUGUAGUGGAGCACAUUCAAAAUUUCAUACACUCAGAUAUUGGUUAUGAAAAUAUGAUCAAUACUAUGCUGAAAGAUCUUUUCAAGUUGCUGGUAGCCUGUGUAGCAGAACCAACAGAAAUUAUUUCCAGAGUUGGCUGCUCUUGUAUCAGGUACGUGUUAGUGACAGCAGGGCCUGUUUUUACUGAAGAGAUGUGGAGGCUUGCCUGUUGUGCCUUGCAGGAUGCCUUCUCUGCCACUCUGGAGCCAGUAAAGAACCUGCUGGGCUAUUUCCACAGUGGUUCUGAAAGCUUUAGUGGAGAUGCCUGUGAAGUGAAGGUGGCAGCCCCCUCCCUCUCGCCAAGUGCUGAAGCUGAAUACUGGAGAAUCAGAGCCAUGGCACAGCAGGUCUUCAUGCUGGAGACUCAGUGCUCUCCAAAGACCCCUAGCAACAAGGAAGGGUUUGAACAUGCCCAGUCAUGUGUACUCAUCAUUGACUUGCCACCAGAUAAGAAACCAAAUGGGCAUAGCCAGAGAAGGAAGCUGGGUAUUCCUUUCAGGACGAUAGUGGUAAGCUUGCUGUCCCACCAAGUACUACUCCAGAAUUUAUAUGACAUCUUACUGGAAGAAUUUGUGAAAGGCCCUUCUAACUUGGAGGAGAAAACAACAAUACAAGUACCAGAAAACAAGUUGGCUGGUUUUCUCAGGUACAUUUCCAUGCAGAACCUGGCUGUCAUCUUUGACUUACUGCUGGACUCCUACAGAACAGCCAGAGAGUUUGACACGAGACCUGGUUUGAAGUGUUUGCUGAAAAAGGUGUCUGGCAUUAGUGGAGCUGCCAACUUGUAUCGACAGUCAGCAAUGAGCUUCAACAUCUACUUCCAUGCCUUGGUCUGUGCAAUCCUGACAAAUCAGGAGAACAUCACUGCAGAGCAAGUGAAAAAGAUCCUCUUUGAAGAUGAUGAGAGAAGCACAGACUCAUCACAGCAGUGUUCUUCAGAAGAUGAAGACAUUUUUGAAGAGACUGCCCAGGUCAGUCCUCCCCGAGGGAAGGAGAAGAGGCAGUGGAGGGCUCGAAUACCAUCUCUGAGCGUGCAGCCCAUCAGCAAUGCGGACUGGGGGUGGUUAAUCAAGCGGCUUCAUAAGCUCUGCAUGGAACUCUGCAACAACUAUAUCCAGAUGCAUCUGGACCUGGAGAAUAAUGUAGAGGAGCCUUCAGUGUUCAAAGGUGACUCCUUCUUCAUUUUACCAUCUUUUUACUCAGAAACUUCCACCCCAUCAACUGGAGGGCUAUCUGGAAAGGACACACCAUCGGAGGAUGACCGGAGUCAAAUCAGGGACCAACUGGGAGACAGCCUGACGCCUCGAGGAGGGAGUGGAGAAAUGUUGCUGCUCCCCCCACCCUUAAGUCCUAAACCAGAGAAAAAAGAGCAAACCAAGAAAAAAGAAUGGUGGGAGAGUGCUGGCAACAAGAUCUACACCAUAGCCACUGACAAAACCAUCUCCAAGCUCAUGACAGAAUACAAGAAGAGAAAGCAGCAACAGCAGGCCAUGACAUCCUUCACCAAAGAGGUCAAAGUGGAAAAGAAAGGGGAGCUCCUGGGUUCAAGAGGGCCAGACUCACCCGUGCUCCAGCGGCCACAACAUCUUAUAGAUCAAGGUCAGAUGAGGCAUUCAUUCAGUGCUGGUCCAGAGAUCCUGAGACAAGAGAAGAGACCACGCUCAGGAUCUACAGUCAGCUCCUUGAAUAUAUCUGUUAGGGAUGCUGAGGCCCAGAUACAGGCAUGGACCAACAUGGUGCUGACAGUUCUCAACCAGAUUCAGGCCCUGCCAGAUCAAACUUUCACAGCCCUGCAGCCAGCAGUGUUCCCCUGUAUCAGCCAGCUGACUUGCCACGUGACAGAUAUCCGUGUCCGCCAGGCAGUACGGGAAUGGCUGGGAAGAGUGGGCCGAGUUUACGACAUCAUCAUUUAAACCAAGCAGUGCUCUGUUGCAAAGGGCAACAAGGUAUACAGCAAAGAAGUAUUUGGGGUUCAUUAGUUGCCUAUUUGUUGGUCAUAAAUUAAGAAACAAUGACCUUGUUGAUUUAUGUCAUCCACUUGAGAUUGUGUGUUCCUCGCUCACACUAGCAAAGGAGGCAAAACAUGAGUCUGUCCAAGUAUCUGGCAUGGCCCCAGAACCCAGAAACUACCAGUAAAUCAGUCUGGUACCUGAAGGGGUGAUACAUUUCAGUACCCUUCAUUUUAAUUCAAAUUUGUGACUUGUGGGAGCCACAAGAAACUGCAGCAAAACUUCCACACUCGCAAUUAGCUGUGAAUGCAACUGUCACGUGGAUGUCAAACCAG